GAGGUCAUCAUCCUACUCUGGCCAGGGGAGACAGGCAAGUUUUGAAAAAUACUUGAAGACCUACCAUGCCUCACUUUGCAAAACCUCUUUUGAGAAACAUCAUUACCAGAAAUCUAUUCAAUAGCAUCAAGAGGAAGCAAUGUCUCCAGUAUUUGCAAACACUGAGAACACUGCAAUAUGAUGGGUUUACAACAGUAUAUUUUGGGGAAACCGAUAUCCCUGAGAGUCUUGUAACUGGGGAAGAUUUUAGUGAUGGUUAUUACAUGCCAACUCCAACCUGGUGUGUUGUGCAUGCUGGUGGUAGUCAAGGAUGGGUGCCGUGGAAAUAUCGAAUGUUCCUAAGGGAUGAGUUAUGCGUCAAACAGGAAGACAACCUCUUCUUUGAGUUCUGUGAUGUGGUGAAGAAGACCUAUGGCAAAUGCGCCAUCGUGGUCAAAGAGAGAAGGCGGCAGGAUGAGAUGAGGCCGAAGGAAGGCAAAGAGACUGAGGCCCAGGUCCAUGUCCCCUCAGUGGUUAACUUAACAAGCAUCACGUGUUGUCCUGAGGUAGCCAAGUCCUACGGCCAUAAAUUACUCACUCUGCCUUCUCCUUACAAUUACCUGAACCCUUUAGACUCAGCCUGGUCUUCUCUGAAAUGGUUCAUCAUCAAUAACAGGAAGGAGUUUUCUCUGCAGUCUGUGGAUGGUGUCUAUUCUUACCAGUAUAUACUCUUCAGUGAUUUAAUCAGCAAAGGAAUUGAAAGGAUAAACCUCAGCAAGUGGAGGACAAUAACUUACAAAGUGCGAAGAUGGGAAAACUACUAUCUUGGCAGAAGAUCCUAUUUGCUGGGCUUCUGUGCCCACGUUAGGGAGCCCUGCUCUAUGCUCCAGAAGGUAGUUAAACUCAAGUGCCAAGAGAGCUGCAAAGAAGAAGCAAGUCUAGAAAGUUUCUGAGAGUGAAAGAAAGUUCACCAACUGUUUGCUGGGUGUGUGAUAUAAAAUGUCAUUUAACCACCUGAGGCUCAAUAUAUAGUGAGGGUUGUUGUGAGAAAUAUAAAAAAAUAAAGAGAAGGGGUGAGGUGA